AUGCUAAAAUGUUAAACUCUUUAUAAGACAAUACUUAAAUAUCUAAAGACCUUUUAAAACUAAUAAUAUUAAUAAUGGAAAUGGCAUAACUAUACUUAAUGGGCAGAUCUUUCAUUUAGACCAUUAUUGAUAAUGUAAAUAAUAUUUAUCAUCAUUAAAUUAUCAAUUGUUGCUAAUAACUUAAUAUUAUGGAUCAUUUUGGGACUACAGAUUUUGGUUCAUUUAAUCAUAUUUUUAUGUCUUCCAGGGAUAAUAUAUAAAGAAUCAUAUUUAUUAUAACUUGUACCUUUAAUAUAACAGGAAUGCUUAAGUAUCCUUUGUUACUUUAUUAUAAAUGAAAGUUACUUAAUAUUUUACACAGCUAUUUGUGUAAUUUUCUAAAGCAUGUAUUCUACAAUAUUAUGGAAAGUAAUAGCUAUAAUAAUAUAUUUAAUUUAAACUAUGUACUUCGCAGAUUUAUAAUCUUAUGAAGGAUUAUAUUUGACUAUCACACUCUUAUUCAUGUAAAUUAUUAGAAAAGAGCUUUAAUAAAUGUAGCAUUUCCUUAAUUUAUAGGCAUUAUUUUUAAUAAUCGAUUCUACACCUUAAGCUAUGUGUAUUGCACAUAAAGAUAAAAAUUGGCUACUAUAUUCUAAUAAAGUAUUCGAUAAUUUAGCUAAUAAAUUAGAGAGUACAAAUCAAUCUGAAACUGAUUAAUCUCCAGAAAAAUCAGGAGCUAACAAUUUUACUAAAAAUUAAUUAACUUUCUUGUAAAAUUUACAAUUAGAUGAAUUAAAUAAUAAUUAAAAUGCUGUUUAAUUUGAUUUUGAUGAUGAUGAUUUGUAUCUUGAUGAUUAGUAUAAAAUUAAGAAUGUGACUUAUAGUAAAGAUAAGAAUUCAAUAUAAUAUUCUAAAGCCUUAUCUCUUGAGAUUCCAACAGAUCGUCCUAAAAAUCAUGUACAAUUUUAAAAGUUUUUCCAAUCAUUUAAAAAUCCUUAAGAUGAAUCCAUUAUCUAAAAAACAUUUACAUCAGAUGUAACAAUUAGAAUUGAAGUUAAUAAUCCACUUUAAUUUCCUUUAUAAUCUGCUGGUAAGAAGAGUCAACGCAAAAAAUCUAAUCUACCAAAUAAAACAUAAAAAUAACCUAAUUAUAUGGUUUCAAGUAGAAAAAUAUCAGCUGAUUUUUUAUUGAAUAGUAAAGAAUAUAAGAAUUCAGGUCAUAAGUAAUCUCUACUUGAUUAAGAAGUUAAUUUCUUAAAUAAAACAAAACCAGUAUAUGUUCAAAAAAUGAAAUUCUUAAUUAAUGUAUUAGAAAAUUGUAGAAUAUUUGAUAAUGAUGAUGAAUUGUAAAUAUAUUUCAUUCAUGAAGUCAAUUAAGUAUUAUUAAAAACAAAAUUAAAAAAAUUAGAAUCAAUUAAAAAGAAUCUAUUAAGAUCUAUUUCACAUGAAUUACUUACUAAUCUCAAUGCUGUUUAUGGGUUUAUCAAAUAAAGUUAAGAUAAAUUAUUUAAAUAGGAAUCUUGUCAUAUCUAAUUGGAAUAAGCAUUAAGUUACACAAAAUUAUAAUAAUAUAAGAUAUAUGAUUUCUUUGAUUAUAGAAAUAUUUUAGAAGAUAGUUUUUAAUUGAAAUAAGAUAAGUUUGAAAUAAAUACUGUUAUUUUAGAAUGUGUAGAUUUGUUUAGAAAUCAAAUUGAAAGAAAAUCAUUAAUAAUAAAUGUAGAAUUACCUAAAAAUUCAUAUAUUAUUAGUGGAGAUAGAUAAAGAUUAUGUUAAGUGUUAUUGAAUUUGAUUGGUAAUUCAAUUAGAUUCACUUACAAAGGUGGUAUAACUAUCAUAGUUUAAAAAUAAGAGUAUAUUGAAUCAAUGGAAGGAAUAGAUAUAAAUUCUGCUAAUUUUUAGGACAAUCAUUUUCUUGAAGUGUAAAUAAAUGACACAGGAAUAGGAAUGACAGAGAAUGAAUUAAGCAUUUUAAGAAAGAAGGUAUUCCUUUUAAUUUAGAGUAGUUACAUCUAACUGAUGAAGAUGAAAAGGUAUCUAAACAUUCAGUUGGAAUCGGUAUAGGUUUGUCUGUCAGUAAACAAAUUAUAAAAUUGAUGUCUCCAAAAAGUUAAAAUUAUCUUUCUGUUGAAUCAACAUAAGAUGAAGGAACUUAAUUUAAUUUCUUACUAAAAUAUUAUGAAGAAUCUAAUCAAAAUUCAAAUUUUUUAUAAAAAUCAAAUAAUCAUACAAUUCCAAAUGUAGAUGCUUAAAGUACCUAAUAAGUACGUGUGAUGAAUUACAAUAAAUGUAAUAAUAUUCAGAUUACAGAGAAAUAGGGUUAAUCAGAGAUUCAGCUUGAUAUAGUAUUAAAUGAAUGUAGUUGUAAAAUAAUUCUUAUUGUUGAUGAUGAAGAAUUUAAUAUUUAAGUACUUUCACAUAUGGUAAAAUAAUUGGGAUUUGAAAUAGAUUUUGCUUAUAAUGGAAAAUAAGCAAUUGAAAAGGUUCAAAAUCAAUUGGAUAAGAGAUGCAAUCCAUCAUAUUGUAUUGGUUAUAAUUGCAUAUUAAUGGAUAUCAAUAUGCCAAUGAUGAAUGGAUGGGAAACUGUAUAAAGAAUACGAUAAAUAGAAAAUGAAAUACAUCUUACUAGAACUAUUCCUGUUAUUGCUGUUACUGGUUUUUGUAGUAUCAAAGAUUAAUAGAAGAGUAUAAAUGAAGGAUUUAAUAGUGUUCUUAUUAAACCUGCUACAAAGGAGUUGUUGAUUGACACUUUUAAUCGACUUAAUAUUUGA